UUUAUAUGUCAUUUCCACAUGUUUGUAUUUUCAACUGAGAUUUCCAAUGUUAUUUUCUAUGUUUCUUCGUAAUAGUGUUCACUAAAUUUAAUUUAUGUAAACUAGAUACAAAUAUAAUUUCAAAAUGGGUGUUGAGGAAAUGGAUUCUAAAGAAUUUAAAUUAAAACCUAUGAAGUGCGAAUUGAAUUUUCUAAGUAAAUCCGAUGGUUCGGCGAUUUUGUCUCAAGGUGAGACUGUGGCUUUAGCAAGUGUAAAUGGACCAAUCGAUGUAAAAAUGCAAAGUCAAAGUAUAGAAAAAUCAAUGUUGGAAGUCCUUUUUUGUACUAAAAGUGGGAAGCCAUCAGUUGGCGACAGAUAUAAAGAGAAUGUGAUAAAACAGACCUGUGAGACCGCAAUCCUGGGUAGUUUAUACCCGCGAACAGCCAUCACUGUCACUAUACAGGAGCUGGAGGACUACGGAGGGUUGCUGUCGUGCAGCUUGAACUGCGUAUGUCUAGCGUUACUGAACGCGGGCGUGUCCCUACGCUACGUGUUCGCGGCCGUGUCGGUGGCGCUCGACGACGCCGGCGCGCUGCUGCUCGACCCCAGCGGCCGGCAGGCGGACGCUGCGCGCGCGCACAUGAACUUCGUGUUCGAGAGUCGGGGGAAGACGCUUAUUACCAGUUUCACAGAAGGCUCGUUCGGCGAGGACACGUACAGAGAGGCGCUGGAGCGGAGCCGCGCUGCCAGCGACCUGAUCUUCGGGUUCUACCGCGAAGUCGUCUCCAAAUAUGGAAAUGUUAUAGGUUAAUAUAUUAUUAUGCGAGUCA